AUGGCUGGAAGUGCAACCCUAGUUCUGGGAGGGGGAUUGGCGAACCUGAGAGUGGGGAAGGCGGAGGGGCGGAGGAGAGGAGGGGCGGCGGGAGCGGUGGCGGUGGCGGUGGCGCCGGCGAGGAGGAGAGAGAGUUUUUAUGAGGUUUUGAAAGUCAGGGAGACGGCGACGGCGGGGGAGAUAAAGAUGGCGUAUAGAGCGCUGGCGAAGAGAUUUCAUCCGGAUGUGGCUGGGGAAGUGGCGGAUUUCGCGGAGAUUAAUAGGGCGUAUGCGACGUUGUCGGAUCCGGGGGAGAGGGUGAAGUAUGAUGCGGAGAUGAGAAGGUUAGGUUUAGGGUUAGGGUUAGGGUUAGGGUUUGGAUUUGGGAGGGGUGUGGAGGAGGGGAAGGUUUGGGGACGGAGAUGGGAGACGGAUCAGUGUUGGUGA